AUGGCUCACAAUAAGCUAAGAAGGCUACAUGGUUCCCAGCCACUUGUCUGGUCAGAGGACCUUGCAGCGGAGGCUCAAAAGUGGUGUGCAAAUCUCGCUUUAAACGACAAACUGGAACACGAUAGCCAGGCCAUUAACAUGAAAAACCAGGGAGAAAACAUCGCAGCCGUAUAUUUUAAUGAUGAACAAAGAGGAAGCCCUCCCUUAAGUCUUUGCAAGAAGGUAGUUGAUGAAUGGUACAAGGAAGAACGGAAUUACAACUACCAGACGGGAAUGCCUAAGGCACCUGGCCUGCCGAUCAAACACUUUGCACAGGUAAACUAAAGAAACUAAAGAAAUUAAUUCAUCAGAAGUUGUCUUUCUCAGUGAACCAUUGGGAGGAAAAGCACAGAAUAGAGAGAGAAGAGAGAGAUGGGCAAGGGAGUGCACGAUGUUUUUUUCUUUUCAACUUGUGUCAUAACAAGGGGUGGGGAGACUUGAGAUUUGACGUCGACACAGAUCCCCUCGUUAGAGAUUUACGGAGAAGAUAUGAUGCCUGCAAGAAAUAAGGACACCGUUUUUUGUGCGGCAUACAUAGAGAUAUCUUCAAAAAUAACAUCUGUAUCUGUAUCAUUAUUCGUGGGUUACGCAGUGCAAUUUUACCAUAUACAUGUUUCUAAACGAAAACAAGUUUCUUAGCUUCCGCAUGAAAAAUACUUUGUUGGAUAUUUCAUGAUCAGUGUAACAUAACCAUAGCUAUGGAUACUGAGACCAUUGCCAAAAAGGUAUCUUUUCCGCGGAUUGAGGUUGAACUCAAUCAGUCAAUUCAGUCAUUCCUGUAGCCAGACCGCGGGGAAAAUGUUUGGGCCAAUUACUACUCCAUCUGCGUCAAUUAGUUUAGCAAAAUCAUAAUCUUCCUUUUCUUCUCCUUAUAAGGUUCAACUGGGUCGUAUGUGUUAGGAAUUCUUGAGAGAUUAACUUCCGUUGUGUUUAUCUUUCAAAGGCCGUGUGGAACAAUUCAUUUCUGAUCGGAGUUGGUUCUGCUCGCUCUACGCUACACGGUGAUGUAAUUUGCGCUCGUUACAGUCCACGAGGUGCAGGUGGAAGUCCGGCCGAUUUCAGAGAAAACAUCCCUCCUAUAACAGGUACAUGCCAUCCGUACCUUUCACCCUGGUUCCCUUAGGUGUUAAAAUCUUCAACUUUCGAAAUUACUGAAAUCUUCGAAAGCCUUACAUCAUCGCCUUUUUCGUUUACCAAUUGAAAAUGACUUUCUUGUUCAUCUUUUCAUAUUUUUCUCACGGCACAUGUGUAUAUGUUAAUUUGGUAUUUAAUUCUAAAUUACGUCCUUUGAAGUUACCAAUGUUACGGUAAUGACCCUCGGGUCUCGGAAGUAAAAAAUUACACCGAAAAUUGAAAAGAUCUGUCUCAGCCCCAAAGUGCCAGUUCAGCCCUGUCUUAUUCAGUCUCUCUUGGAGCCUUUCGAGCACAUUUUAAGCCAAAACACCCCCAUCCAAAGCCUAUUCCAGCACACGCUGGGACUCAUUUGAACUCUUGUAUCCAAAUCUAUGAGAGUAUAUCAAUGACAAAAUUCAAUAACAUAAGAGUGAAAAGGGUUAAGUCAAAUCUGAAAUAUACCGACUCAAAUUUGGUAAACAAAAAGACUACACUAAAAAGAAGAAGUACUGAAAAAGCCACUAUCAUAUAGGUAUCACGCAAAAAAUGGCAUCACGUUAAAAGGCAACACGCAAAGAGGCAUAACGCAAAGAGGCAACACGUAAAAAGGCAUCACGCAAAGAGCCAACACGCAAAAAGGUAUCACGCAAAGAGCCAACACGCAAAAAGGCAUAGCGCAAAGAGGCAGUACGCAAAGAGGCAUAGCGCAAAAAGGCAACACGCAAAAAGGCAUCGCAAAAAAGGCACUUGGCAAAAGGGCAAAACGUCAUAAGAACUUUACUUAGGAUCCAGGUCUGGAUCUUAAACAGUAUUAUAUAGUACAUACUGCAAGCAAACCGAAAUGAUAUUCGAACGAGACAUUCCAUCUUGCUCACCUCAUGAAGUGCUUAUUCGGUACCUUAGGCGUGGCCUGAUUGAUAUAUUACAACAAGUCCAAAACGGAAUUGACAGCGAUUGUAUUUCUUUCCGGCAGGAAAACUUAAUUGAUUUACUUUUGAGAUCGGCACAUCUUUGCCAAGAUGGCGGACAGGUUUUAGCGGUUCUUCGUGCAGCAUUAACAGCAGUGGAAAAUUGCCGUCAAUCUCUCAUAUGGUGGGAUCGUCCUUAGAUUGAUCAUUGCGUUAUGCCUCUUUGCGUGAUGCCUUUUUGCGUGUUGGCUCCUUGCGUAAUGCCUCUUUGUGUUAUGCCUUUUUGCGCGCUGGCUCUUUACGUGAUGCCUUUUUGCUUGUUGCCUCUUUGCGUUAUGACUCUGCGUGUUGCCUUUUAGCGUGAUGCCUUUUUCUGCGUGAUACCUACAUGAUAGUGGCUUUCUUAGUAUUUCUUCCUUUUAGCGUGGUCUUUUUUGCCAACAUUGACUCGGUAUAUUUCAGAUUUGACUUAACCCUUUUCACUCUUAGGUUAUUGAAUUUUGUCAUAGAUAUACUCUCAUACCAAAUCAACCCUAUUUAAUUGGACUGUACUGGCUCUGUAUUUUACUCGGCGAAACGGCCCCAUUUUUGGGGCCUAAACAGAUCUUUCUGAUUUACAUUGUAGGACUUUAGUCUUGAUUUGUUUCCAUUGCUCACUCCUCCGUCAUAGUCUCUGAAAAAGGCUUAUAUGAUAUUUAUACCUCUGAUAGUCCAUGGUUAUAUGGGCUCCUGCUACGAUUCAUUGCAAUAAAAUUGCUGUUUGACCAUCGACAGCUCAGGGCUGUCAUCCACUCCCUCGAAAACAGCCGCCACAAUUCAUCUCUGCCUAAAAUUGUAAAGGGGAGGAUGAGCAAUAAGCCUCCUAUCUUAGAUAUGCAAAGAGUCGUGAAGCCAGUUUAGCCGGAGCAAAUUGCGACACAAACUGAUUGUGCCAACAGUACUGGUAUUUCUACGUUUGGAUACUUCCGAUAUCACCUUGCGACUCAUUUACAAUGCUGGUUGUCGUACAAUGUUUUUCCACUCGGGCGUUUAUGGCUAAUCCCAGAUUAACCUAAACCGUCUUCGAGAAACAUGAUUCUUUAUUGCUAAGUUGUUAUUAGACAGCUCUCGUCGUUUUCAAUGAGACCCAUUUUACCAUGACAGGGGGAAAGACAGGAACAGGAGGAGCAUUAGACGAAGAAGAAACUAUCAGGGCAGCGGGAGGAGGAAUAACACAUGGAGGAAAUGAAGGAAACGUCAGCUGUGGGAUUGGAAAAAAGCCGCGUAUUGUUGGCGGGUCAGUAGCCAGACCAGAAGAGUUUCCCUGGCAAGUAAGCUUCAGAUUAAGAAAAGGGAACUUGACGAGCGGAAUCUUUUGCGGUGGAUCUCUGAUCAAUAAGAAAUGGGUGGUGACUGCUGCUCAUUGCUUUGACAACAUACCAGAACAAGUCAUCCCUUUUGUUAUGCUCGGAGAGUUUGAUGCCCGUAACAAGGAAGGAAACGAAGUCGUCGUUGAAAUAAAAGGAGUAAGAAUUACAGUAAAACAUACACAAUUUUAUUAUUUAAGAGUUCCAUUUUUUAUUCACCAAUAAGUAGAAAUCAAAAUUGGGCCUGGGAUGGUUCAAUUUGAUUUUAGAGUAAUUAGUUUCAUGCCCUGGGUUUGGCUAAGGUCCAUUCUGAUAGCUCGAAGGAUCUUCUUUUCCUGACCCGUAGUCCUGGCGAAUUUUUCCUCUACAAAUAUAUUUUCUUCCAUAAACUUAACUAUCACGAUCAUCAUUGUUAUUGUCGACAUUGUUAUUAUAAUAAUUAUUAUUGAGUGUUGUUUUUUUUAUUAUCAUUCGGAAAAUGAAAAUUGCUUAUGACAGGAAGCUAUUGGUCCUCAUCAUUACACUAUAAGUUGUUAAUCAUUAUAUAACUAUCAUAUUUAGGAGGUUUCAAAGUUUAAUUGGGGCAAUUAGCGACAUACCACAGCACUUUUUUUUGUUUUACACAUUUCAGUUUUUUCCGCAUCCUCAGUACGUGGCCAAGCCUUCAAUGAACGACAUUGCUCUGGUGAGGCUGCAAAGAGAAGUUUCCUUCAGCGAUAACGUAAAGCCAAUUUGUCUGCCAAAGGGAGGCAUCAGCUUCAAAACUGGUACUAAUUGUACUGUGACUGGAUUUGGGAACAUCAUAGAGGGCGGAACAGGUUCUAGGACGCUAAAGAAAACCAACCUACCUAUUGUGGACGAUAAUACCUGUUCGAGCUUGUAUGGUGCCCAGGCUUUAAAUCAGCAGUUCUGCGCUGGUUAUGAAGAAGGUAAAACAGCUUCAUGUCAAGGAGAUAGCGGCGGUCCAUUAGCAUGCCAAAAAGAUGGAAGGUAUUACUUGACGGGAGUGGUAAAUGGGGCUGUUGGGUGCGCCCGGCCAGGAUUUCCACCGGUGUUCGCCAACGUGACGUUCUUUAUGAAAUGGAUCGAGACAGUACAAAAAUAUAACCUUUGAUAGCCUUUCUGAGAGUAAUAAAUAACGAAAACGGUUGCAUUAACCAAUGGCCUAAAGAGGUUUACCGAUGUUUUUACGGGUGUUGUUGCAUUAUUCACUAUGGAAGAUUUUAAACCUAAUGGUCUAGCUAUCCGAAGAUGAACCACGUCCGGAGGUCCUGAGAACAGCUUUCUUAGAGAAUUUUCAGGUGCCCGUUGUUGUCCCAUUCCCAUUCUAUUUUUUAUUCCAUAAACCGUCCAACAAAGCCAAAAUGACACUGCCACAUUGUAAACUUCUGUUUUGUCAAAAGCUCCUGUAUAUUCAGUGAACGGCAGUGGUACUCGAAGUCAGUCUCAAUUCAAGUGGUACGAAAAUGCAACUCGUCGCAAAGUUGGCAUCACACAAACGUAUCUUGAUCGUCAUAGUAUACGUAUGAUGGAAUCCACCAUACUCGUCUGACCAGGCUUGGCUCCUUGCGGUCCCUUAUUUUUCACCAAAAUCAAAUUCGCUAUUGCUGGGAAGCCUUUUUCUGAAAGGAUUUAGACCCUGUACAAUCUGUCCAUUUAGGCAUGAAGUCCACCCCUGGAAUGGGGAGGAAGGCUUAACUUUGAUGGAAUGAAACUGUUAUUUGCUGUGGUUUGCUCAAAAGCCAUGCUCCUCUGACCAGUACACUUCUCUCAAUGACAUUUACUUCUAUCUUUUCUUCUCUCAAUAUUUAUUUUAUUCCUAUGUUACUGUCAGAUAAAUGUCAACAUUAUAUUCAGUGUGAAUAAAAAACUGAUUUUGAAACUGAAUUUUUGAAAUUGUGACUUAUCGGACAUUUGGGUCAAGAGGCAGAACUUCUUGAUCAGCCCUCGUAGUUGUGUAAUAUGAAGCAGAGAUCAAUUUAAUAAAAUUUUUACGAGUGAAAUUUACGAGCUAUUGUUUUAGGGCCCGAGAGCAAUACCCACACUUGUAAACGUUCUAUUAAAUUGACCCUAGACCAUAUCUUUUCGGUAAUCUUGAUGAUGAGGUGUGUUGCUCAAACCCGUACUGCCUUUGAAACUUUUUAAAUUCAGCGACUGGACUCUGUGCCAAUUUGUCGAUUGCAACUGCCAUGUUCAUAUAUCUUCAUUUAGAUUUGUAUUUCGUCAGUUUACGUCAUCACUGCUAUGUUUCAUUCCUUUCACGGGUUAAGACUGAAUGAACUCAACAAAUUGUCCAUUGAGUAACCAUUGAAAGUGGCUUUUCCUAAGUUGGUAGAGCACUGCAGCGUUCCCGCAAAGGCCAUGGCAGAAUCCAGUUGAAGCCCUGAGUUUUUUAUUAUUUAAUUUUUAAAAUUUUAUUUAUUAUUGUUAUUAUACUUUGGAGGGUGGGGUAAGCUUAGUUUGCAAUAGAGAUUACAAUAGCUAUACUCAUGCUUCGCAAACUGUCGUUAAUUUACAUCUACAAGAUGCUAAUUACUAUUUUUGUAACCGGUGACUGAAUUGAGCCACAUCAUUAUUAAAUCAUUAAAACUCAGUAAAAAGAGGCUUAAAAAGCACCUCAACUUUUAUUGUAGUUGAGAUCACUGCUUCUCUUGGUACACAACAGACAAAGAAAAAGAGGUUCAAGCAAGACUGCUGAUUAGGAAAUGAAGACCCUGCUGUUUUCUGUUCUCAUCGUAAUUAAAUCUUUGUCACAUCAUUUGGGUAAGAAAUCUCUCAUACUACUAAAACAAUGAUUAACCUUUUUUAUUGCAUGGUAAGAGAAGAUUGCCCUUCGCUAGCUUAAAUGACUAAAUAAAUAUUCGCUGCUGACAAUGGAGGGCAUACAUGCAUUCCCUUUUUUAAAAUUUUUAAUUUUCAAAGUCGAAUUUCCAUUGAUAAAGGGUUUUAAAGUACUAUUUAACUGUUUGUUUUUGUUGUUUGUUAGCUUGUUUUGUGUUAUCGUUUGGCUUAUCUCAAAAAGAAGAAGAGGUCGAAGAAAAAUUGUGACUCUUAGGUUCGUAGAUAUAGGGCUUCGAAAAAAUUAACCGCGGAUUUUUUAAGCAACCGCGACAGACAUUUACACAAAAAGAACUUGGCCAAUAUCCAGCUAUCUUGAUCUGAAGCUGGGUCAAUAACGCAUAUACAUGACGUAGGACGAAACCUGCACCACAAUACCAAUUUUGUUAGACUGGGUACAAGUUUGUAAAAUGAAUGGAGCCCUCGUUGCAAAAAUCUACCAGAACGCAUACCGGUGAGAAUGCAAGUAAGUAAUUUUGCUUUGAUCUCUGAUUCUGACCUCCCUUCUUUUGCCAGAAAUGGAAGGUGUCGCAAUUUAAGCGAUAAUCAUUCGUUCUUUCACCCUAAGGGCCUUUAUUUAAGAAUUAGUGUUUGUUUUUUCAUGGGUUUCCCUCAAGAUCCUUUUGCAAUGCUAUAGUCCACGAGGAGCUGUGGUCCGACCGAGUUUGUAUAGAGCACCCCUCCUGAGAGAGGUAUCGUUCAUCUAGAUAGAUCUGAUAUUGAAUUGAGCUCAACGAACGACCUGUAUACUGUUCAACAGUAACUGUGGUUGAAAAUGUUUGUAAAUCUUACCAUCAACCUAGGAGGACGUCCUGUAGCUGGAGGAGAAUCAGAAGAAAAUGAAGAAGAAAAGCCAACUAUUUGGUCAUGGGGAGGAGGAGAGCCACAUGGUGGACAUGGAAGCAUCAGCUGCGGUAUUGGAAAGAAGUCGCGUAUUGUAGGUGGUAAUGAAGCCAGUCCAGGGUAGUUUCCCUGGCAAGUGUACUUCAGAUGGGUGACAGGAGGCAAACCAAGAUUCGCUGUAUGCGGAGGAUCUUUGAUCGGCAAAAAGUGGAUUGUGACGGCAGCUCAUUGUUUUCACGGCUCACGAUAUCCUCAUGGGCCAAAACACACUAAAUUAGAGGCUAUUUUUGGCGAAUUUGACGUCGGUAAUAAGGACAGAAACGAGGUAGUGAUCACUGUGGAAAAUGUCAGGACUAUUCGGAUAUAAUUAAAGAAAGAAUCAACCUCGACCCCAGGCCCUUUUCCCUUCCCUCCCAUUUUUUUCACAGAAAAUCCCUGGGGACGGUUUUGGAGAAUAAUGCGACAAGUGAAAAAAUUGAAAGUAAAAAAAAUAUAUAUUGACUUCGUGUUUUUGUAUUUAUAAUUGAAAAACAUAAAAAUAAAAUGCGUUGCUCUCCAUUACCAUUUCAAAGGGAACAGACGGCAAGAUCAUUGUCGGAGAUAUCCAUUAGUCGCAGCUGUUCACCAGUAGGAAAACUAACACGUUUUCAUUUCCACCAUUGGUUUGGGCUCCAUUGAAUCGUAGCACCUGUCGCAAAACAACCAAGGACGAUUCGCCCACAAGGAGGGCAGAAUUUAUGGCACGGCAGACGAGUUAUGAAAACAUUCCAAAAUAAAUGCAAUGCGUUGGAUAACAAACUAAAUGACAGACUGAUAAGAAACACUGACUGAACUGGUGGGUAGGGUAGCUCUGGAAAAUUGCCAGCUAGGUAUCUCCUUUAAGUAUUAUGCUGGUUUUCAUAGGUUUUCUAAAUUCACAAGCGUAAGCAACUACUUGUAAUGUUUAUGUAUUUACCUAUGGUUAACUGUACAAUUCUACGCUUUUUGAAAGUCCCUCCCUUGUAUAGAAAACAGCAUAAGUAACUACAGCAACAGCAAAAGCAACAACAACCAUGUGUUUGUUUAGGGUUAUUUUUAUCUCUAAAUUUAUUCACAAAGGUUAUUAAAUCUUUGCCGCAUGCAUAUGUCCAUCCUAAAAAUUGACUGGAAUAUCCCCACCGGGACUGCAUGAACAAUUAAUCUUUUUUAUGUAAAAACAUUUUUUCCAAACGCGAUUUGCAUAGCUGCAGGCCACAUGAAUAAAAAGGAUGUUUUGUAGGCCUAAUUCGUAUUUAUAAUACAUGGGUGCCCAGUAUACUCGCAUUAUUAUUCCAUGUGCGGGUCAAUUCCCAUAGGCUAAUAUAGCACGUAGUUUUUCAGGAUUCUAGUUAAUUUCAUUAUCUAUAAUUUUGUUCUAGAUAAUCAACCAUCGGUUAUUUUCUCGCAAGGGAAAACUUUAUGACAUAGCACUGGUGAAACUGGCAGAGGAAGUGACGUUCAACGAAUACAUGAAACCGAUUUGCCUCCCACAGAAAGGUAUCAACUUUGAAGUAGGCAAAGUGUGCACUGUGACUGGCUUUGGGAGAAUAAGAAAGAAAGGUCCUUUUGCAGACACGUUGUUGAAAACAGUUCUUCCUAUAGUGGAUAACUCGACGUGUUUAAGGAUUUAUGAUAAUUAUAUGAAAGCUGUGUCUCGCUCGGAUGCAGCUUUUUGCGCGGGUUAUGGGCAAGGUAAUACAAGUUUCUGCAAAGGGGAUAGUGGGGGGCCAUUGGCAUGCCAAAAAAAUGGAAAGUUUUAUUUAGCGGGAGUUGUAAGUAUGUCUAAAUUAUGCCAUAUUCCAAGCAUUCCAGGGGUAUUCCAAGGUUAUAUCGAAAUGACCCAAUUUGCCGUUUUCAGCAAUUGCCCAGUCAGUUUUGUGUGUAAGAAAAUUUGACUUGCAAACGGUUCGAGAAAUGCAUCCUCCUUAACAUUUUUUACUUCUAUUUCUUAUUUCGUUAAAGAAAAGAAGAGGUGCGGAGCUUUUUAAAAUCAAAUCAAGGAAAAAAAAAACACGUCAAAUCCAGGGGGCAGUACUCCACAGAAUUUCGUAUAACUAUAAUCCACCGAUUUAUGACAUCCCAUCAGGUUACAAAGUUGCUGCUCUGCUUUGGCGUGAAGCAGAAAGAUGGACGCCCGAUGCUAUUUAGUUCCUUCAUUAUUUUCACCCCCAGGCUAACGGAAUUUUGUUUCUUGAAUUCCGAGGAUGUUGAGAAGAUAUACGGCCACACGCCCUGUUUUUCAAGCAAAUGUAAUGACCAAACAAAAGAGACUUGGUAUUAUUUCGCACCGCUGCCCGGUUGGNUUUCUUAUUUCGUUAAAGAAAAGAAGAGGUGCGGAGCUUUUUAAAAUCAAAUCAAGGAAAAAAAAAAACACGUCAAAUCCAGGGGGCAGUACUCCACAGAAUUUCGUAUAACUAUAAUCCACCGAUUUAUGACAUCCCAUCAGGUUACAAAGUUGCUGCUCUGCUUUGGCGUGAAGCAGAAAGAUGGACGCCCGAUGCUAUUUAGUUCCUUCAUUAUUUUCACCCCCAGGCUAACGGAAUUUUGUUUCUUGAAUUCCGAGGAUGUUGAGAAGAUAUACGGCCACACGCCCUGUUUUUCAAGCAAAUGUAAUGACCAAACAAAAGAGACUUGGUAUUAUUUCGCACCGCUGCCCGGUUGGUUCAGUUGGGAGAGCGCCGGUCUGCUGAGCAGAAGGUCACGGGUUCGAACUCCGGCCUGACCAACACUCAGGGUCUUUAAAUAACUGACAAGAAAGUGCUGCCUUUGUAAUGACAUCUGCAAACGGUUAGACUUUCUAGUCUUCUCGGAUAAGGGCGAAAAAACCGUAGGUCCCGUCAAACAGCACUUACACUUAUCUGGUUCUUGUGGGACGUAAAAGAACCCACACCACUGUUCGCAAAGAGUAGGGGACGUAGACCCCGGUGGUAUGGCCAACCUUCACACAUCACAUCAUUCACAUCAUGGGGUGGGUGGGUACAGUGAGAUCAUAAAUGGACUGAGAGAGGCUGCCAGUGGCGCCUUUGUAUGCUGACGUCCGAGCUUACUGUUCACAUGUUAAAAAAGCUUUAAAAAUGUUUUGUAGGAGGGCACGUCUGUUGUCCUCUCAUCCACGACUCUUCAUUCAUUCAUUCAUUCAUAAAUAUCAUGUAGCUGUGAGGAAUAACAUGGCGAGUCUUUCGCUGUUUCAGUUCCUUUAUCAUUCAAGAUUUUGGCUUUAAAUUGGCGGCUUCUGAUUUACCGAAAUCGUCAACCAAAAUGGUCUAUCCUGAGCGGAAUAGAAUGGAGAAAAAGCCGAUGUCAUAG